CUCAAUUCAAGCUGUAGGCUCCUCUCUCUGCAUCUCAAGGCUCUCUGAGACAUCCGGGCGAAGCUGAAAAUGAAACCACUGAGUGUUUGUCUCGUAUUGACCUCCUGUAUCCUCUGGGGCUCACUGAGUGUUGAGAUUAGGGUGAGUAUAUCUCUUCUUUAUGUCCAUGGUCAGAAAUGUUUGGAGUUUUGUGACUCUUUGUUGUUUGAGACAUGGGGGGAAGGACAUUCUUCUGGAGGUGUAUAGGGUUUGUUAUUUGAUUAACGAUAUCUGUAAGUGUCUGGAGUUUAGAGAUACUGGUUUACACAUGUGAAGAUAAGUUAGUGAAACUAGAGAAAUAGAUCACUUUCAACAACACACUGAUAAAGAAAUAGAUCCCUUUUAACAACAGACUGAUAAAGAAAUAGAUCCCUUAUAACAACGCACUUUGACUAAGAGCUUAACUUCAUGAUAGACCACUAAAGAGAUGUGGGGCCAUUGUCAAGUCAGAGGAGAGCAUCAACAUUUGACAUUGUUCUCUAUUUCUUUCAACUUUAUUUAACCAGGAAAGUCAAUCAAGAACAAACUAUGAUUUACAAUGACGGCCAGACUAUGACUGACUGCCCAUUAAUUGUAUAGAGCAUUAAAAAGCUAUCUUCUUUUAGUUUGGUUUUAAUUAUCAUAUAGCAAUUCAUUCUGUUGGGGUUUAUUCAUUCUUGUUUGGAAUCCACACACCGUUACACUUCUUUUGAACUCAUUCACAAGGUUAUUAACUGGCUUAUCUGUAUAAUAAUCUCUUACGCUAUGAGAAUCACCUCUAUAAACCUGUCACAUUAAUAGUGGAACAACACAUUUGGUUGUCUAAUAAUGUCAACCUAAUGUUGAAAAUUAAGGGUUAUGCAAGGGUAAAUUAGAGAAUUCACCAUCUCAUCCAUGUGUUUCACCGUGUCCAGGAUGGAGAACGGAGCUAUCCCCUAGAGACUGUGAAAGCUUUGAAGGAGCUGAUGGACGCAGAUGCCAUGGUUAACCCGCGGUUGAUCAACACCAACAUGGUCUCUGUCUGUAACAACCCUGUCCUGCCACAGGCCUUCUAUCCAGUGUGCCAGGGAAAAGGGGCAGCCAUGGUCUUCUCUAGGCUAGGUAAGGCUGUGCCAUAAACAAACAGUGCUUUGAGUAGUGGGUGGACUGAAAUAUUGUCAUUCAAUAUUGGUAUAUGACUUUAAAAAUGGUUUGUCUUAUUGCCCCUAUCCACCUUAUCUGUUGUAAAAAUCCAUAAACUGUACAUUUUAGCAUUCAAACACAAGCUAUAGGCUAUUACCUGCUUCAGCGUUUUUGAAGUUGUUGGAAUUGGUGGGGAAGGUGACCUGUUUUCACAAAAUGUUUACAUUUACAUUUUAGUAAUUUAGCAGACGCUCUUAUCCAGAGAUUCCCUCAACAAUGUAGUUAUCAGCAAAGUCAGUGCCAGUAGGAAAAAGUGCAUUCAUUAUUUUACCCCCUUUUUCGUGACAUCCAAUUACAAUCUUGUCUCAUCGCUGCAACUCCCCAACGAGCUCGGGAGAGGCGAAGGUCAAAUCUUGCGUCCUCCGAAACAUGUCCCCCGCCAAACUGUGCUUCUUAACACCUGCCCACUUAACCCGGAAGCCAGCUGCACCAAUGUGUUGGAGGAAACACCAUUCAACUGACGACCAGCCUGCAGGCACCCAGCCCACCACAAGGAGUCGCUAGAGCACAAUGAGCCAAGUAACACCCCCCCAGCCAAACCCUCAUGAUGCUGGGCCAAUUGUGUGCCACCCUAUGGGACUCCCGGUCACAGCCGGUUGUGACACAGCCUGGGAUCGAACCCAGGUCUGUAGUGACGCCUCAAGCACUGCGAUGCAGCGCCUUAGACCACUGUGCCACUCGGGAGGCCCCAUUUCAUUGUUUAAUUGUUGUUUGUUCGUUCGUUUUUCGGGCGGGGGCACCGUGGGAUUUAUUUAAGAUACUCUUUAAAGAAGUAGUAGUAAUUCACUAUUUUACAACUUGUUGGAUCGUUGCUCAUCCUGAAAGUAGUCUAUGGGCCAGGAGAAACUGUAAUCCAUGGUUCCGUUUUCUUUAAACAGCCAUUACAAACUUUCACCACUAGCUAAGAAUCAAUGUAGGUGAUGGGGGCAUGUGAGCAUGUUUUAAAAAAUAAUUCCCAAAUCACCUGAAAUUAACUCCAUAUUUGGUUUGAUGUUCCUUAAAGGUGAUUUGGCCAUAAUGCCCCCAUCACUUCCAUAGACGUUUAGCUAGCGGUGGCUAAAGUUAGCUGAAGCUUGUAAUAUCUGUUUAAAGAAAACUGAACCAUGGAUUACAGUUUGUCCUGGCCCUAGUCUACUUUCAGGGUGAGGAAUCAUCUAACGUCACGUUGUAAAAUAGUGAACUACUCCUUUAAAGACCCCACAACCUCCCUAUGGGGCCUGUUCUGAACUGAAUUUAUGUUGUGUACUCAGUGAAGGGUGUAUGCAGAUUGAAAGGCGUUUAAAGUCAAUGAUAAUGGAAACGUAAUCCAUCCUCAAGGGAUUGACUCUGAAGGGUUCAGCAUCUAUUGGUAGUCAUUAGCACAUUGAAUGGUUUCAGUGAAACACUGAUGAAUAUCUGCCUUGUUAUCAGCUGACGACCUCUAACCACCAGUAACGGCAGCCAAAGUGCUCUGUAACCUGGCAGGAUUUACUGAGUGUUAGAGACACUGCAUCCAUCCCAUAUCAUUCAUCCUUUUUAUACGAUCAACAACAUGAUCCCCCAUAACUGCUUGAGCAAAGCUGUCACAGAUGUGACAGUAUUGACAUAUUUCCUCUUUUGAUUCCACAUGAGCACACAUGGACAACCCAGGAAAGCGAUUCUCGGAGACUGAGGCAUACGCUCUCACAGCACCUGUUGUUAGCUGUAGCAGAGAGCUGGAACACAUACGCAGGCUGUUGCAGUAGAUGGCUUGCUACAACAAGCAGCAGAUGUUGGCCUGGACACAGCCAGUCCUGCUGCCUAAAGAGAAUGAUUCCUGCGUAUAAUAUAUCCUUCUACGUCCACUUAACGACAUGAUUUAUGUGUGUUGCUCACGAGUGAUUCUACUCACAAGAGCCCAAUGAAAGCUGAACAAAUAGCAUUUGAGUGCAAUAAAGUGUGCGAGACAAAGAAGUGCCUCUAUUUUGCUCUGUAAACCCUUUAACGAGGCUGAUUCACUUCCUCCCAUGGUCAAUAUUAGCAUUGUAUCUGACACUAUGGCAGCCAUAGCCAUAUGUUAACCUUGUGUGUUAUUGUUGUCUCUCCCCAGUGGAUGCCAUCACGUCUCCAGAUCUGUGUGAGAUCUGUGCCCACCCCGCCUGCUUUGGGUGUCUACCGUAAGACUGCCACCAUCUCUUACACAAUCCUCUGAAGCGCUCCUAUCUACACCACACAUCUUCACCUUCUUCAGAUCUGCAUCGCAUAUGAAGCCCAGGCCAUGAAUAAGCCCAACCUAUCCGUGUGACAGGGGCCAUGGAUUGACAAAUUGCAUACAGUUGAGAAAUGUUGUGUGUUUGAUGUUGUUUGAGCUGUAUGGCCGAAAUUAAGUUACUUAUAAUUCAGCAAAAGGCUUUAAAUCAACAGUAAUGUCCAGAUUUUCAUGACAUUUCCAUGGAUUACCAUGGAAUAUGUGAUAAAUUCACUGUAGAAACUGUGAAUCAUAAAUGUAUAUUGCUAUUCAAAUUGUGUCUAAUGUGUUGUCCCAUUUUUUCCACCAGACUGAAUUUGUUUAUAUUCUGCCACAUUACUGUAAAUGGACUGAUUCUGUAAAUCUAUCUUAAUAUAUCUACUUUACUGACAC